AUGAGAGUCGUUUCAAGUGCGAGUACAUCAAGUGCAGCAUAUUCGGAUAGCAGAACGAACUCUGGAUGUUCCUCGCAGUUUGUCGACGACUAUAACAACGCCAGCACGUCAACGAGCAUAGGCAGUUCUCUACAGCUAAGCGUAGCCAUCGCUACCUGGAACCCUCAGCUAUCGUGUAAUAGAAGAUCUUCCAUCACAUCUACGGAUGGCAGCAUUACAGAAUGUCUAUGUAGCCUGUGUGCACAUAGUUCCGAAGUUUUGAGUUCUUCCACACUAUGCCUCUCUACCUCUCGAGUCAAUUCUGAUCGCCUCAUCAGUCUAUCAUCUAAUUGUAGUUCCUCGGAAUUAGUUUUGUCCGAUGCAUGUCGCGGGGUGCAAGGAUUGUCCUCUCCAUCUCGCAGCCCGCUUUAUGCAGAAAAUAGAAUUGAACAGCAUACGGAGAGUCGCGCGGAGGACGUAACAGAAUAUGACGAGCUAAAACGAUUAAUAAGUGAUGCACAGAAGGAAAUUGACAGAUUUCAAGAAGAACUAAAUACUGCACAGUUACAAAAAGAAGAUAUAGAAAACCAGGCAAGACAAGCAGAAAUAAAAGUGAAGUCAUACAUAGAGGAUGCAAUUGCCAUUUUAGAGGCUAGAGAACUGUAUUUGUUAGCAAAAAACGAGCUUUUUAAACGAAAUGAAACUGCUACUCUAAAAUCGAUAUACAAUACGCUGGAGAACAACAAGAAGAAUUUAUAUCAUCUCUUUGACCAGCUUACCGGGAUCUUCAAAAUAGAAUGUCCACAUGCUAAUAUGUUUUGUUUGGCGAUCAUUCACGCGAUGUUUGCUAAGUGCACUGAACCAAUUCCGUAUUUCUACUGGGAGAAGGAUAUGGACUGUAUUGUAAACGGCGAGAUAGAAAAGAAUUUGGUACCGAUUGUAGGGAACUUCGGAGAAGUGGUUGAUACCAAUCCGGAGUUGUUACAGAUCUCUAACGAUCCAUGCGAAACACAACCGAUGCCAAUCUUACACAAAACCAUGCCAAAGCACAUAUUUCCCAAAGAGGUUCGAACGCUGAACUCUGGUGAACCGGUUGAACCAUCAGUAAUCAUCGGUACCAAUGAUAACGAUCUGUAUAAAUUGUGCCGUCCUUGGGGAGUUGCCUGUGAUGACGAAGGUCACGUAGUCGUCAGUGACAGAUCGAACCACCGUAUACAAAUAUUUACACUAGACGGUGGCUUCGUAAGAAGCUUCGGUACCCUGGGUACAGAUCCAGGCCAAUUUAACCGCCCAGCGGGUGUUACAGUCGAUUCCCGCAAAAGAAUAAUUGUCGCCGAUAAAGACAACCAUCGGAUACAGGCUUUCACCAUGGACGGUCAAUUUUUAUUCACCUUCGGCAAGAAAGGACAGGAAACAGGGCAAUUCAAUUACCCUUGGGACGUUGCCGUAAAUUCGCAAUGUCAGAUUGUUGUCUCAGAUACGAGGAAUCAUCGUAUCCAACUAUUUACUAAGGAUGGUAUAUACCUCAGGAAAUACGGACAUGAGACCAACUCAAAAAUGUGGUACCUCCUUGAUUCGCCACGCGGUGUGGCAUUCAAUAUUGAUGGAGAAAUCGUCGUUACUGAUUUCAAUAAUCAUAAAGUACUUAUAAUUAACAGUAGUUUGUCAGAAAUACGGGUAUUACAGUGCGAUUCUGCUGGUAGCGAGAAACUCUUCAACAGGCCACAGGGUGUGAUAACAGACGUUUUAGGCAAUAUAAUCGUGGCAGAUUCGAAGAAUCAUAGAAUUCAAGUAUUCAACCGACAUGGGUUUUUAAUAUGGAAGUUCGGCAGUUACGGAUCAGGAAUAACGGAAAUGGACCGUCCAUCCGGGAUUGCAUUGACUCAUGAUGGUCGAAUUGUAGCGGUAGAUUUUGGUAACAAUAGAGUCCUUAUUUUUUAAGCGAUCCAAUUUGACGCCUACAAAAGUAUUAAUUG